AUAAAAUCACGAGUCCAGCAGAAAAGAAGAUAUCAAUUUUGCAGUUGAAUGGUCUCUUCCUUCAUAUUCAAAUAAAUAUAUGUAUUCUGUCCAGCUAAGGAAGAUAGAUAUUUAGAUAUAUUAUCUCUUCUUCAUUUCAUUUCUGAAAGCCAGCGACUCUGCAGACCCACCUCUAUAUCCUCUCUUCUCAACGCAGAUUUCAAAUCAGGAAGCAUGGGAUUUGAUAAAGAAGCAAGCUCAUCCUCGCAUGUGCUUCAUGUACCAUCAUUUCCGAGAGAAGACACCCCACUUCUAGGCAAGAAAACGCCACUCUCCUCCACAUUUAAGACCUUUGCCAACCUCCUCGUAGCCAUAGUUGGAGCAGGUGUUCUGGGCCUCCCUUACACCUUCAAGAAAACAGGAUGGGUUAUGGGUUCUAUGAUGCUCUUCUCUGUUGCUUUUCUUACUUGCUACUGUAUGAUUCUCCUCGUCCGCACUCGCCGCAAGCUUGAAUCCCUUCGAGGCUUUUCCAAGGUAGCCUCAUUCGGUGAUCUGGGUUUUGCUGUUUGUGGCCCCGUUGGUCGUUUUGCUGUGGAUGCCAUGAUCGUCCUUGCACAUGCCGGGUUUUGUGUUAGCUAUCUCAUCUUUAUCGCAAACACUUUUGCCUAUGCCUUCAAUCGUCAAUCAAAUGAAAAAAUUCUGGGUUUUUUAAGUCCCAAGUCUUUGUAUUUAUGGGGUUGUUUCCCUUUUCAAUUGGGCUUGAAUUCGAUUCCAACGCUGACCCAUUUGGCUCCGCUGAGUAUUUUUGCUGAUGUGGCUCAGCUUGGAGCUAUGGGUGUGGUGAUGGUGGAGGAUGUUGUCGCCUUCUCAAAAAAUAAGCCUCCGCUGGAGGCUUUUGGAGGGUUUUCUGUUUUCUUUUAUGGUUUGGGUGUGGCUGUAUAUGCCUUUGAAGGGAUUGGCAUGGUAUUGCCACUAGAAUCUGAGGCCAAGGACAAGGAUAAGUUUGGAAAAGUGCUGGGAUUGUGUAUGGCAUUCAUUUCUUUGUUGUAUGGAGUGUUUGGAAUUCUGGGUUACUUUGCCUUUGGUGAAGCAACCAAAGAUAUCAUCACUACUAACUUGGGGCCAGGAUUGGUGAGCAAUCUUGUUCAGUUUGGUUUGAGUGUGAACCUCUUCUUUACUUUUCCAUUGAUGAUGAACCCAGUUUAUGAGGCGGUGGAGAGGCGAUUCUGCGAUUCUAGAUAUUGUCUGUGGCUUAGAUGGGUGGUAGUUUUUGCAGUGACCAUGGUGGCAAUGUCAAUACCCAAUUUUGCAGAUUUCUUGUCUCUGGUGGGGAGCAGUGUGUGUUGCACUCUUGCGUUUGUGUUGCCUGCUUUGUUUCACUUGAUGGUGUUCAAGGAAGAGUUGGAUUGGAGUGGUUUGGUUAUUGAUUCGGCCAUUGUAGUUUUUGGGGUGGUGGUUGCAGUCGCCGGAACCUGGUUUUCUCUACUGGAGAUAUUCGGGCCCAAGUCUUCUUAAAGUGACGAGAUUUUGAAAUCCCCUUCUGCCCUUUCUCGUUUUGUCAUCUUCACUUGAGAAUCCUAUUCUUCGUUGGUUGGAAAGCUUUAGCAAAUUGUGCAAUAUUGAAACGUUUAUAAAGCAUUUGCAUAACUGCAAGUACUAAAAUGUCGUGUCUUAGCCUUUUUUUAUGCAUAACUUGAACAUGUUAUAGGCGCUCCUUUUUCCAUCCUCGAGAAUCUGUAUGCGGCCAAACAUGCAUUUUCUUACAGAAACAGAACAAUAUCUCAAUUCUUUGUUUUAUAUGUAUGUAACAGUAUUUCAAUAUGAAUUACAUAUUCGAAUUUGUCCA